UAUGUAACUCGCCCGGUCGCAAUUAGCACCAUGGCUGUCUACGAUGUGACCAUAGUCACGACUCCAGAGAACCGACUUGGUUCAAAGGCCUACGAUUUCGAGAAUUUCAGCAUGGCAAUGACUCACCUGAUGCUGCUCGAUGGGUUGUCAUGGCGAUAUACCAGACAAUGGUUCCUAAUUCCAGCAUGUUAG